ACUAUACGGAGCGAGCGGCGAGCAGCUCGACGAGCCGGCCGGCAUCGCGCCUCCUUUGCCCCAGUCGCAAAACAGACGCCACGGCAGUCGCUUCGUUUCGCAUUUCCACAUUAGCAAGUUCGAUAACAACCCACACACAAUGCCUGAAUUUCUCGGCAAGAGGUACAAGCUGUCGACCAGCGAGAACUUUGACGAGCUCAUGAAGGCCCUCGGAGUCGGCCUCAUCGUACGUAAGAUGGGCGCUGCCGUAAGUCCAGUCGUUGAAGUGACUGAAAACAAUGGCGAGUACACAAUGAAGACGCAAAGUACAUUCAAGAACCAGGAGAUCAAAUUCAAGCUGGGCGAGGAAUUCGACGAGGAAACACCUGACGGUCGCAAAGUCAAAAGUGUCAUCACCCUCGACGGCAACAAAAUGACUCACGUACAGAAGGGCGACAAGGAGACGCUCAUCGAACGCGAAUUCACCCCCACGGAAAUGAAAGCCGUCAUGAAAGUAGAUGAUAUCGUCUGCACCAGGGUGUAUAAGAUUGAAAAUUAAUUUAUUUUAGUUGUGCGAUUAAUUUUUUCUAGCUUUUGGAAAAUAUUUCGUAGGGUCAAAGAUCAUAUACGUAAUAUGAGGCAAUUUUUCAUAUGAAACUGUCAAAAAAAAUGAUUUAUGCUGAUUCAUAGAUGUUUUCAAUUUUUAUACACACGUACUCAGAAUUAUGCUGUUUGCUUGCUGUGAAGUAAAUUUCAUAUUCUGCAAAAUUAUGUAAUUAUUUUUUACUUAAUAAAUAAAUUU